UGCUGCUCGCUUUAAGUUAGUUACUGGACGAGUGCGUGCUUCGGGUAUUUCGUCAGUACCUUUGCUGUUUCUGAUCGUGUCGAUGCUUUGUUGUAUUUGUCGUUACUAACGAGCAUGAUUCCCGUGUGGCUGUUCUCUAACUAAUCUGUUACAUUGGAUACUUUUUGCUGCUUUGAGUUACUUCCGCAUUUUAACAGGAGUUGGCGGAAGCGCCAGCAGGGUUUUUCUCAGCACAGCUGUGUGAUCCACGUCUCCCUCUGCUUCCAGACAUGGCGGUGUUCGACAGCUGCUCGGUGCUGUUCGAACUCAAAGGUUUGUCGUUCAAGGAGAAGAAGAAAGUGAAAUCAGCAGUCACAGAUCAUGGAGGCAACCUUUCGUUUGUGGUCAACAAACAGUGCUCUUUGGUAGUGACAACCGAUGUAUCCAACCUAAGCUCCAACAGGCUGCGUAGCAUUCAGAAAUACCACACACCUGUGGUCGGGGUGGAUUAUGUGUACAGGUGUGUGGAGAGAGGAGUUCUCCUGCAGGUAGAUGAAUACAAGCUGGACACGUCCUCUGCCUCAUCAGGUCCUCUUCAUCGCUCUUCCUUCAAGAUGGCUCCACUGGCUUCACUCGCACCUCAGCAGAUAGGGUCAAAAGGCCAGGCCCAACCUAUGGAGUGUGUCAGUGGGACUCAGAGGGCAGAGAGUCUUGAGAGGAGUGGGAAUGUGCUGGACAGGUUCAGAAUUUAUAGAGAAACUGAUUCGGAUCUUCCGUCAGACCAAAGUGACUUUCAAGUGGCAAAGUAUUCAAUCUUUGAAAAGGUAAACAGCAACAGUUGGUGUGUGCUGGAGCUGCAGAGCUUCAAAGGGGAGGAGGGGCGGCAGUACCGUGUGGUCAGAUACUGGAAGGAUGAUGUACUCUGUGAGAAGAAGGCCGUGAGGGACAAGCUGGUGUUUUUGUCCACCUCAGAGGAAGCUCUGGAGGUGUUCCAGGCCCUGAGAGACAGCCUGGAGGCUUCAGGUCUCCGGAAGCAGAGCAGGUUUCCUCCUUCUGCCCGUGAGAUGGGCUCUGCGCCCCUCCAGCAGCUGCUCCUGGAAGAGAAGCUCAACACAGGAAGCUUAUCACAAGAAGUGGGUGUAUUUGUGGAGCUGCUGUGGACUGAGGCGCUGGGCUGCCUCGACAACAUCCUCAGAGUUUCAGUUGACAAGCUCAGCCUGAAUGAUGUGAGCAGGGCAGAAGGCUUGUUGCUUCAGGCUCAGAAGAAGCUGACAGAGGGAAACCACGCUGAGCCGAUCAGUCUCCUGCAGGAGUUCUACACUCUGCUGCCACACAGACAAUCCUCCAUGUUUCCCAGCACCAAGCUCAUCUCUCAGAAACUGGACCUCUGUCAGUUAAUCCGAGAUGUUCUGAAUGCAAGCGAGAUGACUCUGAGGAGCCCCGCCCCUUCCACUGUGGGGAAGUAUCGAGCUCUGAGGUGCAGCGUUGAGACGGUUCCCCCCAGUAGCUCCGAGUUUCAGGCUGUGACCGAUCUCCUGCAGGACAGCAGGGUGCAGAUCCAGCAGAUUGUGCGUGUCGGCCGAGGGGUGGAGCUUCAGACCUUUAAGAGCGAGCUGGAGAAUGUUAAGCCACUCCUCCAUUCCUCCAGUCCCAACAACUUUGUGGGAAUCCUGUCUCGUGGCCUGCUGUUGCCCCAUGUGGGAGUCGAGCACCACGGGAUAGAAAGAACGGAUUUCGGGAAACUGGGUGGUGGAAUCUACUUUAGUGAUUCCCUGAGCACCAGUCUGAAAUACUCCAAGCCCAGCGUGACAGACGGCUCCCGGUUGUUGUUGGUGUGUGAUGUUGCGUUGGGACGUUGCAGGGAGGUCUACAAGACGGACAUCCUGCUGAAGCAGGCUCCCGAUGGAUACGACAGCGUGCGCGGAGUCCGCCGCACUCCAAACACUCCCUCUGAGUUUGAGGAUGAUGAGUAUGUGGUAUACAGUCCUGAUCAGGUGAAACUCAAGUAUGUGGUUCAGUUCAGCAUCCAAGGAGACCAGCUAAAGGACUUCACUCCUUCCAUGAACAUGUCACCUGAGCUCUGUCUUCCUUGUUCUGCUGAAGAGCUCAGUUUAGGCGAUGAUAUGUUUGAAAGCAGUAAAAACCCUCUGGAAGAGGUGACCGCCGGACUGUUGGACAGCACUGGUCAGCAGCUCCCUCUGCAGGCCGUUCAUGUGAAGUGUAAACUGAUGGAUCUGCUUUCGCAGGUCAUCAUCUUCCAGAAAUACACAAAUCUGAGCUCAGUGCCCAUUGAGGCAAAGUAUGUUUUCCCUCUAGAUGAUUCAGCUGCAGUGUGUGGGUUCGAAGCUUUCAUCAACGGGAAGCAUGUCGUGGGACAGGUGAAGGAGAAAGAAAAAGCUCGCAAGGAGUACAAACAGGCUAUUGAGAAAGGACAUGGAGCUUAUCUCAUGGACCAGGAUGCACCUGAUGUGUUCACCAUCAGUGUGGGUAACCUGCCCCCUGGUGCAACUGUCCUCAUCAAAGUGACCUUUGUCUCUGAGCUGAUUGUCAGGGACGGCACAAUUCUCUUCUCCCUGCCCGGCAGCGUGGCUCCAUGGCAGGAGAGUGCAGCCCUCAACCAGACCACACAGGUCACUGUGGAGAAGGUGUGCGUAACUGAUGAAGCUGCGAGUGUCAGAGAGUUCACCUUGGACCUGUCAGCUGAAAUGCCCUAUGAGAUCUCCAGCCUGCAAUGUAUCACUCAUCAAAUCAAGAUGAAGAAAACCGACUGUAAGGCAGUGGUGAGUGUGCUGCCGGGACAGAUCAUGGGUCCAGAUGGAUUUCAGCUGUCCAUCAUGCUGUCUGACGUCCACCUGCCCAGGAUGUGGGUGGAGAAACACCCUGACAAGGACAGCCAGGCCUGCAUGUUGGUUUUCUAUCCAGACUUUGAGGUCAGCUCCAGUUCAGAUGCAGAUGAAGUCAUCCUGCUGUUGGACACAUCCGAGUCCAUGAAGGGAGAGUCUCUCCGCUCGGCCCGCAGAAUUGCCCUGCAGAUUCUCAAAAGCCUGGAUCGCAGCCUGAGACUCAAUGUCGUUUUGUUUGGAACAGAUCACACAGAAGCUUUCCUAACAGUGAUGCCACUUGGUGAAGUUUAUGAAGAAGCCCAGAGAUUCAUCAAGCACUCGGCUCCAUUAGGGGGAGGCACUGAGAUGUGGCGUCCCCUGCGAGCGCUCAGCCUGCUGCCUCCAUCGCGCGGCAUCAGGAACCUGCUGCUGCUGUCGGACGGCCACAUCCAGAACACCGAGCUCACCUUGAAGCUGCUCAGAGACAAUGCUCAGCACAGUCGCCUCUUCACCUGUGGCCUCAGCCCGAUGGCCAACCGACACAUGCUGAGGGCCUUGGCUCAAGCAGGGGGCGGAGCCUAUGAGUUCUUCGACACAAAAACCAAACACAACUGGGCAGAGAAGGUGGCCUGUCAGCUGAAGCGUAUGGCAUCUUCUGGCUGCAGUUCAGUGUCUGUCAAGUGGCAGCAGUUCAGCCCAACAAGUCCACCUCUGCAGGCUCCCAAGCAGCUGCAUGCUCUGUUCAAUGACUGUCACACUCUGGUUUAUGGCUUUGUGCCACACUGUACUCAGGCUACUCUCCUGGGAAAUCUGAGAGGUCAGGAGCUCAAAACAAUGGUGUCAACCAGCGAGCUGCAGAAAACAAAGGGCACAUUUCUUCACAAGCUCACCGCGAGGGCCCUCAUCAGGGAUUAUGAAGACGGGAACCUGGACACCAGUGAAGCUGAACACGAGGGUAAGAAAGCAGAGUUGAAGUCCUUCAUCAUCGAGUUAAGCAAAGAAUUUUCCAUCCUGUCUCAGUUUACCAGCUUUGUGGCCAUUGAGGAACGGGACUCAGAGCAACCACAGCCUGGUUUUACAGACAUCCCCAAGUUGAUUGCAGAGGAAGAUGUGGACUUCCUUCCCUACAUUAACUGGAUUUCUCCCGAGGAUGAUGAAGACCUAAUAGAGGAAGAGUCUUCGGAGGAGGAUGCUGAUUGCGGCUUUGGUUUGUUUGACUCUUGUGAUUCAUUCACGACUCCCGACUUCUCUCCUCCAGCUCCACAUACAACUUAUUUUAAGGAGCAUGCUUCACUAUAUUCAAUUUCUGGACACUCGGCUCCCCCUCCACCUCCUCCUUCUAUGAAGCGUGCUUCAGACGAUGUUCCCCACCUUUCUUUUUCUGCACCCCCAGCUCCCCCUCCCCAUCCUUUUUCUAUGCACCACGCUUUAGCGGAUGUUCCACAGUGUUUAAUUUCUACACCCAUGGGUCCCUCUUCUGGUUCCCUUAUGGAGCGUGUUUCAGAGGUUGUUCCACAACCCCCUCAAACCCUCUCGUCCAGCCUUUCUUCAUUUCGUCGUGAUUAUCCUUGUAAUACUUCCAUAGAUUCGUUUUCAUCAGACAGUCAGGCAGUGGGGCACAUCAAUAUUCCACUUCCAGAGAUCUAUAGGGCUCAGAUGGGGCCCAUUUCACGUAACAGUCUCACACUGGACAGCAGCAGAUCAUCACUCCCAAUUCAUGGUUACUCUUCAGCAAUGGAAAAUCAAUUGCACAGUGCACUUGAUUCUGUGUCUGAUGAGCCAGAACAGAGUUCAUCUGAGUGUGUUGAAGGCGUUUCUUACAUGGUUCCACCUGCUAUAGAAAACUAUGGCUCUGAGCUUGAGAGAGGAGACUUUAUGUCUUUAAAAUACAAAUACAGAAGAACAGCAAGACAUUCGUCUUUCAGCCCAGUUUCUUGUAGUUUUGACUUUAAAGUUAGAGAACAACUUCCUGAGACGUCAGCUCCAUCAGAUUUAGAGCACCAACCAGAACCUCACCUCCAAAUGCCAUUAUUUGGUCAGGCAGGGAAAACAAUCGAGUUAAAGAGUGGAGUCUUUCCUGUGAAGUCCUAUUUACCUCCCAAAUUGUACCACCUCAGCACAGAUGGGAGUCUUCCUGACACUGCUCCUGCAGCAGUACCGUCUCAGUUGGUUGUUGAAUCUGAUGACACACAUGAAGCAACUUCUCUGUCUGUUGCGCGGACUCCCAUAGGGCCGUCUUUUGGGUCAGCUAAGUUUACUUCCAGUGGCGUUCACUCUAAAUUAGGUAGCUCAAGCUCCACCUAUGAUGGUGCUCUGGGUUCUACAGUGGUUCCUGUGACGUCAGCUCCAUCAGAUUUAGAGCACCAACCAAAACCUGGCUUGUGCUUAAAAUCAUUAAGGCGGAUAAGGGGAACCUCUUGUUAUUUACCUCCCACCCUUUCCAACAAUGAUGUUCCUGUAGGCCCUAGAAUGGCUCCUGAGAUGGCCGCUCAGUUUCAUUACAGAGGAUUUACUCCCUCUUAUGGUUUACCCAAAGUUGAAAUUUGCAGUGCAUCACAACCUCACCAUGAACCUGAAGGUCCGAGCAGUGCACCACAACUUCCUGUAAGAGCAAGUGUUCUACAAAGAAGGCCUGUCCCAGCAUCUUUCUCCGCUGGCCAUCAGAAUCUCCCAACUAACCCUUUCCUGCAUCAUCAGUCAGCUGUACUGAAUGCAGCAGAAUCUCCUGAAGUGCUGAAGCUCAAAUGGAUGAAGAUCUUCCAGAUGCAACAUUCAGAAGGGUACUGGGAACUAACCACAGAACUGGGGGAACUAAUUAAUGUCAACGUGGACCUGUUUGCCAACGUGUUCCUGAAGGACAAAGGCAUCCAUUCUCUCGGCGUGACAGCCCACGCAGAUAUCCUGAGGCUGGUGGCGACUCUUCUGGUUCUGCAGCUGAUGAAAGCGAACAAAUUGGAAGAAGGCAAACUGCUCCGCACCCUGUUCUGUCUGGAAGAAGCUUCUCAGUCCAGGCCGGAACGAUGGGAGCAGGUGAAGAAGGCGGUGGACUGGGUUUGCUGGGCUGACCGACAGUAUCCCUGUGUCUAUAGUCGGCUAGAGUUUGGUUUGAGCUGGGAGUCCGCCACCCGUCAGCUACUGGGUUAUGAAAGCCUCCCUCCCUUCUCGCCUCUCUGUGGUCUGGAUCUACAGAGGACAACGGCCCCAGUACUGGUCCAGUGAGAAGAUGCUGUGGACACCGUGCAGCCUUUCAGAGGGGAUUACAGUAACUUUAGAUAUGGUUGUAGAUGAAUAUGCAUGUAUUCCUUUGCCUUUUAAGAAGAAUUUUGUACUCUGUGUGUUUAUACAUGUAUGGAUAAUCUCAAAUGUCCUCUGCUGUAAUCUAAUUUCUCAAAUGUUACAAAUACAGGCCAUUUACACGGAGCAUUUCCCGUACAUAGAGCAGUUGUUUUGUCAUCUGUGUAGAUUGCCCGAAAAACAAACUGGUGUUUAAUCCAGGUCAGGUGGUAAAAUGUACUUAAUUUUAGACACAAGUUUUUUUUUUUAAUUGCAUAACACAAUAUAAGUUUUUUUAAAACACUUCAUAGAUGUUGGUGUUGGUGGCACUGGCUGACAGUCAUUCACACUUCUUGUUUUGUGUACUGGGAUAAUGGUGGAGGGUCUCAGGCAUGACAUAUGAGAGGUUGAACAGCUUGGUAAAUACCUCUGAUGCUGGAGGACCAAUGUUGACUCUCCAGUGAUUGGGUAGCAGAAUGUAGGAGUCUCCCCUCCUCCCUGGGUGUCAAAGGGGCCAAAAAACUGGUUACGGGCAUCAACCAGGUUUGUGUCCUCAGAUGCACAUUGUAACGUGACUUUAUAGUCAGUCAGUGACUUGAUACUUAUUUACAUGUAACAAGGGUUGUUGUUAAUAAAUUGCUACUCUAUGA